CCGCUUCACAACACAAACAUUCUCUCCAUUGUCUUUGAACACUCAUCACCAUGGCCAAGCUUGUUCUUUCCCUUUGUUUCCUUCUUUUCAGUGGCUGCUUCGCUCUGAGAGAGCAGGCACAGCAAAAUGAGUGCCAGAUCCAAAAGCUGAAUGCCCUCAAACCGGAUAACCGUAUAGAGUCGGAAGGUGGGUUCAUUGAGACCUGGAACCCUAACAACAAGCCAUUCCAGUGUGCCGGUGUUGCCCUCUCUCGCUGCACCCUUAACCGCAAUGCCCUUCGUAGACCUUCCUACACCAACGGUCCCCAGGAAAUCUACAUACAACAAGGUAAUGGUAUUUUUGGCAUGAUAUUCCCGGGUUGUCCUAGCACUUAUCAAGAGCCGCAAGAAUCUCAGCAACGAGGACGAAGCCAGAGGCCCCAAGACCGUCACCAAAAGGUACAUCGCUUCAGAGAGGGUGAUUUGAUCGCAGUGCCUACUGGUGUUGCAUGGUGGAUGUACAACAAUGAAGACACUCCUGUUGUUGCCGUUUCUAUUAUUGACACCAACAGCUUGGAGAACCAGCUCGACCAGAUGCCUAGGAGAUUCUAUCUUGCUGGGAACCAAGAGCAAGAGUUUCUAAAAUAUCAGCAGCAGCAGCAAGGAGGUUCCCAAAGCCAGAAAGGAAAGCAACAAGAAGAAGAAAACGAAGGAAGCAACAUAUUGAGUGGCUUCGCCCCUGAAUUCUUGAAAGAAGCGUUCGGCGUGAACAUGCAGAUAGUGAGAAACCUACAAGGUGAGAACGAAGAGGAGGAUAGUGGAGCCAUUGUGACAGUGAAAGGAGGUCUAAGAGUCACAGCUCCAGCCAUGAGGAAGCCACAGCAAGAAGAAGAUGAUGAUGAUGAGGAAGAGCAGCCACAGUGCGUGGAGACAGACAAAGGUUGCCAACGCCAAAGCAAAAGGAGCAGAAAUGGCAUUGAUGAGACCAUUUGCACAAUGAGACUUCGCCAAAACAUUGGUCAGAAUUCAUCACCUGACAUCUACAACCCUCAAGCUGGUAGCAUCACAACCGCCACCAGCCUUGACUUCCCAGCCCUCUGGCUUCUCAAACUCAGUGCCCAGUAUGGAUCACUCCGCAAGAAUGCUAUGUUCGUGCCACACUACACCCUGAACGCGAACAGCAUAAUAUACGCAUUGAAUGGGCGGGCAUUGGUACAAGUGGUGAAUUGCAAUGGUGAGAGAGUGUUUGAUGGAGAGCUGCAAGAGGGAGGGGUGCUGAUCGUUCCACAAAACUUUGCGGUGGCUGCAAAAUCCCAGAGCGAUAACUUUGAGUAUGUGUCAUUCAAGACCAAUGAUAGACCCUCGAUCGGAAACCUUGCAGGGGCAAACUCAUUGUUGAACGCAUUGCCAGAGGAAGUGAUUCAGCACACUUUUAACCUAAAGAGCCAGCAGGCCAGGCAGGUGAAGAACAACAACCCUUUCAGCUUCCUGGUUCCACCUCAGGAGUCUCAGAGGAGAGCUGUGGCUUAGAGAGCCCUUUUUGCAUGUGCUACCACACUUUUGUCCUUUUGGGCUCUAGCUAGUGCUGGUAGCAGUAAAUAAGAAUGAAUAAAAGAAACAAAGGCUUAGAUGCCCUUUGUUAAGUGUAGAAUAACGGGUAUAGUAACUAUGUACCCUUGUGUAAUGAGUCACUCAAGUACCUAUGCGGGAAAAGCAUAAAUAAAAGAAGAAAUUCCAAUAAAUUUUCUGUCCAA